GUUCUAGCAGAUUUGUGUCAACACUCUGUUUACGUGCACCGGAAUCAAGCAUUUUGGCGUUACAUUAAGAAGAUUUUUUCGUUGUGCAUCGAUGUAUAUGUGUCACUAGUGUUGUACAGUCUUCUGCACAAUCCUCUGACUGUGGCGCUCAGAUGUCAUAAGGAAUGAACUAGAACUCAAAACUGUCUUCGAAUCAGCGCCCAUCAGACUGGAAAGCAAUUGAAGUGGAUGCAAAUCAUGUCGGUUUUUCGACAUAAUUUUCUCCUAGUUGCUUUGCUUCAAGCAUGGAUCGGCGCUACACUUGUUUCUUCCCAGCAAAGAUGCCUUGGUGGAUUUGAUAUCUACUUCAUUUUAGACAAGUCAGGCAGUGUUAUUACAACCUAUUUUCAGCGUCAAACUGUGGACUUUGUUCAAAAGACAGUGGAGAAUUUUGUCGGAAAGGGUGUUAGAUUCUCCUUCAUUACAUUCUCUUCAGACGUAGCAACAGAAACAAUUUUGAAAUUGACUGGUGACAGAUCCAAAAUCAGGGAAGGCCUAAAUGAAUUAAGAAAAGUGAAACCAGGUGGAGAUACAUACCUGGAGAAACCUCUCAGUAUGGCAAAUAGUCAAGUUGCAACUCAAUUAGGACAGCAGUCAGCAUUUAGUAUCUAUAUCAUUCUGACUGAUGGUAAAGUAGAUGACAUUGGUAAAGCUAAUGAAGAGGCUAAGAAGGCCAAAAAAGCUGGAACAAUAAUCUAUGUCAUUGGAGUUGCGUUAUAUGAUGAAUCACAGCUCAAGCUUUUGGCAAACAAGCCCCCAGAGGAUUUUGUUUUCACAGAACCAGGCUAUCAGGCCCUACAAAAUUUAACAAGUGAUAUUUCUAACCGGACAUGUGUUGAAAUUACUGCUGUUUCCCCAAAACAGGCCUGUUUAGGAGAGCGCAACACUGUUACAAUGUAUGGGCGUGGCUUUGAGAAGUUUGAUUCUGCAGAGUCUCAUUCUGUGAGGUGUGGCUUCAAUUUUAAUGCCACAUAUCGUCAAGUAACAAAAGCCAUCCUAGUUGAGGAGAACCACUUAGUGUGUCCUGUUCCUGUAUUGAAUGACAUCGAAAGCGUUCUUUUGCUUCAAGUUUCAUUAAACAAUGGAAACACAUUUGUCUCCAGUAAUGUCAAUAUCUCAGCCAAGAACUGCACCAACACAACAAAGCCAGGAAAAGAAAAUGAAGGAGAUGAAGGGAUUCCACCAGAGACUGGAAAGAGAAGUAACGUUGCUUUAGCGUUGGUGCUGUUGUUUCUGUUUGCUUUGCUCAUUUUACUGGCUGUGUGGUGGUGUUGGCCUCGCAUCAGGAGAAAGCAACCUCGAGAUUAUCAACCAGCUGGCGUAUUAGAACCGAAGAAACCUCCUCCCAGGCCCCUGCCACCAGUGAGACCCCCACCACCAAUGGAGAAAACGCCGGGUGGCAGGACAAAAUGGCCGACAGUUAACGCGUCAUUAUACGGCGGAGGAACUGCGGGAGGAAUCGUUCCUGUCAGGGUGGACUGGGGCGACAAAGGCUCUACAGAAGCUGGAUCAAAACUAGCACAAGCAAAGGGAGCAAUCAUUAAAGAUACUGACGACGAUGGCACAGAAAACCAAACAUACGUGCCAAAGGGUUCCUCUACUCCAGGUUGUUGGACGGCAGCUAAGGUUAAGGUUAUGGCUGGUGUGGCUGCAGUUUCCGUUGGUUAUCGUCGAGUCGCUUCACACAGGCCACAACCCGGAGGAAAUUGGCUGUACUCCUCCAACCCAGCUGUGUGAUUGACAUGGACGAAGAAUUGUUUGUAGUGUUGUAAUACUACAUAAGCAUUUAGCAAUCUAGAGAGUUUCGAUGAGGUUAACCGUUAGUCGUUAAACAUCAAUUUUUAAACCUUUCAUGGUGGGGUUCACACAAAAGCUCCGAGUCAGACGACACAUAUGCCCACACUUUCUCAUCAGCGUAUUCUGAUUUUAAUACUAUAUAAUACCUGGCUCUAAAUUGUCUCAAACAGCCUCAGUUGUCUUUUAGACUCAAAACAUUGACAGCUGCCUUUACAUGCACGUAGAGAUAGAUUGUUGUGCUCUAAAGUGUCCUUAAUUGUCGUGUCAACAUCAUGUACCUCGUGUGAACACCAUUCCACUUAAGCACCUCUCCCAUGAAUUCAGUUCAAUUUGCAUUCUAAACACAAUCAUAUCUUACAUUUUGCCACACCAGCUUAAAAUCAAACGAACGCAUAUAUCGAGAGAACAUUUGAAUUUAGCGUGGCUUUAUAUUCAAUUUGAAAAAUAAUUGAUAAUCUUCAAGAACCGUAAAAUUUCUUUAGACUGCAAGAUCACUUUUGGCUGAUCGCUACUCAGCCAAAAAUCUGCGAGUAUUUAUUUUUCAAGCCUUUUCUGGUCAAGUUCGCUUAUUUCCCGUAAUAGAUAAUCGAUAAAGUGGUGAGGCCACUAAUUCCUAUAUUCAAAGGCUGAGAAGUCUAUAUCUAACUCGUAAUAUUUGUAGCAGUUGUGUGGCGUACUUCAAAGUAGAAUGUGUUAUUGUAUUCCCGUGCUAUUUAGUGCGCAUGACAUCUAUUGUUCAAUUGCGAUUAGAAGACCUUUAGGGAGGAAGGUUGGCGAAAUACAAACGAAAGAUCAUUGGAUGAGAAAAUUGACUUAAAAAUUAAAUUAAAAGAAAAUUUAAUUUUUCUCAUCUAUAUUUUCCACUUCUCCAAGUGUGGAGUUUGACUCAGUAUCAAACCCUUUCUCACCAAAGUUGAGGAAAAUUUUAAUUAGUGUACAGCUAGGUUUCGUAGGGAACAAACACUAAAUUUAUUUACAGUAACACAACUGAACAAACUUGUUCUUCUUGGAGGCGAAUAGAGGUUCUACUCAUUUCCGAACCGAAUUAUAAACGCAUGCGACGGUUUUGAUAGAUAUUGAACUUAAUCAGAGGCAGCCUCA